CAUUAUUAUGGAGGGAAAAAAGAUAGACCCAUGGUCAUUAUUGUCAUGUCACCGGCGAUCCUGUGCUUCUGAUUGAUAUUUAAAUGCAGUAUCAAACAGAUGAAGUUGUUAGAAUAGUAGCUCUGGAGUGAGAGUGGAGAGACAUUGUUCAGUUGUAACUUCUUGCUUGGUCCAUCUUCUAAAGGAAUCGUCUCGCGAUGUCUUGUACCAACUGUGGCAAACUCAUCCACCAGCAGAGUCAGGAUUUAGAGAAGUCUUUUCGCUUCGUCGUGGUUAAGCGAACCACAAAAGGUUAUGGGUUCAAAAUACAAGGAAAUGAUAACAACCAGGAAAAGUCCUUUGUCGUUCAGUGUCUCAACAAAAACACCGGGAAUAUCAACCAAGGUCUAGAGACCGGGGACGAGAUUAUUUCUUUUAACGGCACCAGUCUUCGGCAAUUGACAAGAGCGUACAUCGAUGAAACACUGAAAACUAACAGAGAUGAUAUCAAACUUAUCGUCAGAGGGAAUUCCCCACCAAAGUAUAUACCAGAUAACGAUUGCCAUGGCUACGAUAAUCGAGGAUAUGUGUCUGGUGAACAGAAGUCCACCUGUGGUCAACAUGGAAUGAAUGGCAACAUUCGCGCGGCUGACAGACAAUGGGAGAUUACUUUAUGAAAAAAGAACAGAAGACAACUAGAAAAAUAGUGGAAAACCAAUAAGCAGUACUAUUGUUAUUCUCAUUUU